AUGUUUUGGAAUUCCCAUGUGCAGACAAUCAUUUACCUUUUUCUUACUGUACCUGGAAUUGUGGGAAACAUCCUGAUAUUCGUGAGAUAUGUAUAUAAUAUUCUCAUGGGGACUAAGAAAAAAUCCAUCGACCUUAUCCUCAUUCACUUGUCAUUUUCAAAUAUACUCAUGAUUUGUAGCACGGUUAUCAGAGAGAAAGCCAUAAUUGUUUAUUUCAAGAUCUCCCUAGGUGAGGUUGGUUGUAAAGUUGUGGUUUUUCUGGGAAGGAUGACUCGAGGCGUCUCCAUCUGCACCACCUGUCUCCUCAGCAUUGUCCAGGCUGUCACCAUCAACCCUAGGAUCAAAUUGUGGAGAAAACUCAAACCACAGACUGCAGGACAGGUUCUUCCCUAUCUCCUCCUCUUUUGGAUGUUAAAUUCUUUGACAAGCUGUAACCUACUGUGUUAUAUCACAGUAGUCAGAAGCAUGAACAGAUCUGUGGCUGACAAGGACAGUGGGAGUUGUGUUAUGCUACCAUCUAGGCAAAUAGUGAAAUGGCUGUUCCUCUCCCUCAUGGCUCUCCGUGAUGUUGUCUUCCAGAGUCUCAUGGUCUGGAGCAGUGCGUCCAUGGUUCUCCAUCUGUAUAAACAUCACAAGCGCGUCUCCUACCUGCAUAGCAGCUCCAAGUGUGUGAACAAUUCCAGCCCAGAAAUCAGAGCCACACAGAGCACUCUCAUUCUCAUGGCCAUGUUUCUUUUCUUUUAUUUGGUUGAUUUCAUUCUCUCCUUCUACACAGGAUUCACAGUGACACAAGAUUCAACCACCUUUAUUAUUAAAGGUUUUCUAGAACUUGACUAUGCUAUUCUCAGCAGCUUUGUCCUGCUCAGCAGAGAUGUCCUUGUUGGGCAGCGCGGACGUGACCCGGAGGAGCUGACCCCGCAGGCAGGCGGCACAGCAGAGUCCAUCCGCGCCCGGUGGGCGUCGCUGCAUCCAGAAGCGCUGAGGACGCCGGUGACCAUCACCGCGGUCACACGCUUCGCACCACGGCGCGGACCUGGCCGUGCCGACGAAGAGCGCGGGGACGAGACUCCCUUCCGGGCUCCGCGAGCAGCGCGCGGGGAGGCUGAGCUCAGGGCCUCGGCUCACCGCCCGGCAGCCCCGCCUCACACUUCUGGUCACUUCCUCGUGUUGUGA